AACAGCCUGUAGAAUUUACAGAUUGGUGCAAAAAACAAAACAAAAACAUCCCGUGAGUGGCAGCGCUGUGACUUAAAAUGCUUUGUUAACGAGAGAUUUUAAUGAGAGGUUAGAGGAGAAUGGCCAGGCAGGAAGGUGACAGUAACACAAAUAAUGAAGUAUUUCAACAGCGGUGUGCAGAAGAACUGGUGUUUUUCAGACUGAUUGGAAUUACACAAUGAAUACACAUUGAAUGUGGAAGUGGAUGGGUUACAGCUGCAGAACAUACACUCAUAUUAUUAGAUACAUGGGAUUCCCUCGGUGUCAAUAUUAGAGGCACAGGUGUUUUUGUGCAAUAAUUGCCUUGACCUGGCUACACAAGUUUUGGUUUGCAAAAACUUUGUAAAAGAUCUGUCACUUGGAAAUGUAACCUGUAAUGAAGAGAUAGUAAAUGACUUCAGAUAAAAUUUGCCACAAUAGUAGGCACAUUCCAUUAAAACUGUCAGUAUGGCUUUAGGAGUGCCUCUAGUCAGAUAGAAUUGCUCUUGAUAUCAUGGAAUCCCAGAGCUAAGCACAGUGAUUGGUUUGAGCUCUACUGCAGUGCAGCACAAGAACAGGACCUUUGGCCCAAAACAUCGUGUCAAAGUAAUUUCAUUAGUAAUCAAAUGACCAACUAGACUAAUGCUUACAUAAUGUCCAUAUGCUUCCAUUUCCUGCAUAUUCACCUGCCUAUCGAAGAAACUCUUGAAAGCUUCCAUUGCAUUUGCCUCCAACACCUCCCCAGCACUCCCCACCCUCUGUGUAAAAGCAUCCACCCAGCACGCCCCUUUGAACUUAACCCCGUCUCGCCUCAAAAGCUCUGGGGGAGAAAGAUACCAGCUGCCUACACUAUUUAUGUCUCUCAUAAUCUUAUAAAUAUUUAUAUAUAUCCCCCUCAGACUUUGGAACUCCAGGUAAAACAACUCAAGUCUGUCCAUAAUCUAGACGCCAUUCUGCUAAACCUCUUCUGCGACCUCUCCAAAGCUUCAACAUUCGCCCUAUAAUGGGGCAACUAAAACUUCAGCUGUGACCGAACUUGAGCUUUGUAAAGCUGCAGCAUAACGUCCUGACUCUUGAGCUCACUUCCUGAACUAAUAAAGACAAGCAUGCCAUAUAUCUUCUUAACCACACUAUCAACCUGUGUAGACAGUAACAGGUAGCAGGCAAAUUAGCACGGUCCACAUCCUACUCCUUGGUAAACACAGUUCAAAGUACUCUUUAGGACCUCACCUACAUCCUCUACAUCCAAGCACAUAUUCUCUCCUUUAUCCUUGACUUGUCAUCCCAGCUCCCUAGUUAUCCUCUUGCCCUUGAUGUAUGUACAGAAUGCCUUGGGAUCCUCUUUGACUACUUGCGAAGUAGUUUCCCGUGCUCCUUCUGGCAUUCCUAAUUCCCUUCUUGAUUUCCGUUCUGGUUUCUUUAUAAUCCUGUAAAGCUCUGGUUGAUUUUAGUUUCCUAAACCUUACAUCCACUUCUUUUCACUUCUUGACUAAGUUCACCAUGGCACUUGACUUCCAAGGUUCCCUUACCAUGCCAUCUUUGUCCUUCCUUCUAACUGGAUUACCCAGCACCUGCCCUGUACUCUGUGCAGUUACUUGUAAUAAACUUCCACAUGUCAAAAGUGGACUUGCCUAAAAACAGCUGCUCCCAAUGAACCCUUCUUAGUUCCUGCCUGACAUACUCGUAAUUUGUCUUGCUCCAAUUCAAUAGGCUCCCACAAGCUCCAGAACUAUUCUUAUCUACAGUUAUCUUAAAACUGAAGGAGUUGUGAUCACUGUUCUUAACUGUUCUCCCACCAGAAGUUUAGUCACCUGGCCAGGCUCAUUACUCAAAACCAGGUCCAAUAUGACCCCUCCUAUUGUUGGACUAUCUACAUAUCGAUUUAGGAAACCCACCUGGGUGCACCUAACCUUUUGCCCCAUCUAAAUCCCUUUUUCACAAAGGGGGUCCCAGUCUAUAUUCGGGAAGUUGAAGUCAGCCACAACAACAACUCUUGUUUUUACACCUUUCCUUAAUCUGCCUGCACACCUGUUCUUCAAUGUCCUGAUAGCUAUCAGGGGAAUGCGUAGUACAAUCUCAUCAGAGUAGUUGCACCCUUCCUAUCUUUCAGUUCUAUCCAUCGAGAGUUGUUGAAUCCUCCAUUAUGUCCUUUCUGAAUGCAGCAGUGAUAUUAUCCCUGAUUAAUAACACACCUUCCCUCCCCCACCCCCAAUUUGAUCCUUUCUGCCACCUUUUCUAAAGCAUCCAAACCCAUGCAACAUUCAGCAUCCAUUCCUGUCUCUCACACAGCCAAGUCUACAACAUCAUCGUUCCAAAUAGUAUUCCUAACAUUAAAAUAUAGACACUUCAACUGGUCCAUUCCAUUCUGUCUGUUACCUUGCUCCUUGCCUGUUCUUACUGUGGUCAUGACAUCCGGAUUUCUGGUUCCUGUCCUCCUGCUAAACUAGUUUAAACCUUCCUGUGUAGUAGUAGUGAUCCUCCCAGCCAGGGUAUUGGGUUCCCUCCAGUUCAGAUGCAACCUGUCACUCUUGUAACCAUCACCCCUGCCCUGGAAGAAGUUCUAAUAAUCCAAAACCUGAAACUUUGUCCCCCACACCAAUUCUUCAGCCACUGAUUGGUCUGUUCUUUCUUACUAUUCCUGUCUUGACUAGCACACGGCACUGGGAGCAAUCCAGAGAUUAUCCAGAGGAGUUGCACAGACUGAGGUCAGGAUUUUUUGAGGUAUAUGUUCACUCCAGGACCUAUGGCCUGGUUUCUGGUACAACUGAUGUUUUGCAGCCAGAUGUUGAGGGACUUCGUUCACUGACUAGAAGCUACUGAGGAAUGUUUUUCAACAGAAAAUCUGGUUUAUAAAUAAUCUGAACCAGAAAGAUUCAGGUUGGAAGCCACAUGUUAGUGAUGUGAGUAAUAAGCAGAUUCUUUGUAAAAGGACCUUCCAAGAAAAAAUGAUCUCUUCUUAAAAGUUGAUGUGUAGAUGCACAUGUGUAUAAUUGAUCAAUGACACCAACACAAUCUUCUUUCUAGGAAAGGUAUUUUUUAAUAAAUUAAGGAGUAAAAUUCAACUGAAUAUUUUAUUUAAAGACUAAUUAGUUAUGAUUCUGAUUCCAUUAAAUUCUGUGUUAUUUUCAUAACUGAUGUACAUGCAUGCUCAUUAAAAUUUGGCCAGAUUAUUCUCCUGAUGGUUUACAGUUCAUUUCUUUUGCUUCCAGUGGCAUCUAUUCAGAUGGAGUGAAUAUGUCAGAUUAGGCUAUAAGACAAAGUCCCAGCCUUGUAAGAUGAACCUGCUUUAUUCAUUCCAUUAAACCUAUUGUUGUAGUCAUAGCAUUGGUUGCAAAAAGAUACAUUUUCCAUGUAACUCUCUUACUGUGAUGCUGGCAGAAUACUUGUUUAUCAAUUACUCGGAAUAGACGUUUUUAGAAUUUUGCUCCCUUUGAUGACUCAAGUCAUGUUUGAGUGCAUUGCUCACAGCCUGAGAGGUUAGCAAUGUUUCAGGACUCCAAGCAGAGAUCGGUUUUCAGCUAUCAGCAGGCUCCCUCAUGAUGGCUUCAUUACAUACAAUGGUAUAAUUUACCGGAAAUUCAACUCUAUUAGUCAUGCAAAAUGUCUAUGUACUAAGUAUAAUCUAUAAUGGCUGCUUUUGGAAUGGUGGUUCUAUCCAAGAAGUCUUACAGAAAGCAAGGGGGAAAAUUCUAUUUUUAUCUUUAAACUUUGUACUGAAAAUCAACAAAUUUGGAACAGCUACUUUGGUUGAACUCCACUAUGCAUGGCGUGUCACACGUCUUUCCAAUGUAACAGCACAUUGAUGAUUUGACUUCCAGAUUAGCACGUUAAGAAGGAUAAUUUGUUUUUGCUUAAAUCUUGUCUUCCGAAGACAGAUUUUCAGAAUGAUUACCAUUGCAGUAUUGUCUAAAUGUCAAUUAAUAUAACUUCCGGACAAUUCUUUGCCCGGUUUUCUUUUGAAGGUGGGUUUAUCUGAAGAGACACUUUGCAGGGAACCGGCAACCUUCUGAAGCUUCACAUUUAGUUUGUAAAGAUGGAUCUGCAUUGCUUAAGAAUAUAUCAGAGGAUGCCAGCUGAAGCUGAUUGUGUCCUAUCUCAACAUUAACCUGCAAGCCAUCUUUAGCAGAGCAACAGACACAAAAUGCUGGAGGAACCCAGCCAGCGUCUGUGGAAAACAGAACAGUCAACGUUUCAGACCGAGAUCCUUCAGCAGGACUGGAGAAAAGAUGAGGAGUCAGAGUUAGAAGGUGGGGAAGGGGAGGAAGAAACACAAGAUGAUAGGUAAAACCAGGAGGGGUGAAGUGAAGAGCUGGGAAGUUGAUUGGUGAAAGAGAUAACAGGGCUGGAGAAGGGGGCAUCUGAUAAGAGAGGAGAGAAGGCCAUGGAAGAAAGGAAAGAGGGAGGAGCACUAGAGGGAGAUGGUAGGCAGAUAAGGAGAUAAGGUGAGAGAGGGAAAAGGGGAAUGGUGUAGGGGGGGCAUUAUUGAAAAUUUGAGAAAUUGAUGUUCAUGCCAUCAGUUUGGAGGCGACCCUGAUGGAAUAUAAGGUGUUGCUCCUCCAGCCUGAGUGUUGCCUCAUCUCGACAGUGGAGGUGGCCAUAGAUGGAUGUGUUGGAAUGGGAAUGGGAGGUGGAAUUAAAAUGUGUGGCCACUGGGAGAUCUCGCUCUCUUCGGUGGACGGCGUGUAAGUGCUCACCGAAGGGGUCUCCCAAUUGAUGUCAGGUCUCACUGAUAUACAGGAGGCCACAAUGGGAGCACUGGAUAGAGUAGAUGACCCACCCCCCAAAAGAUUCUUCGGUGAAGUGUCACCUCAUCUGGAAGGACUGUUUGGGGCCCUGGAUGGUAGCGAGAGAGAAGCUGUAGGGGUAGGUGUGUAGCACUUGUUCUGCUUAGAAGGAUAUGUGCCAGGAGGGAGAUCAUGGAGAGGGAUGAAUGGACAAUGGUGUUGCAUAGGGAGUGAUCCUUGUGAAAAGCAGAAAAUGGGGGCAGGGAAAGAUGAGCUUGGUGAUGGGAUCUCGUUGGAGAUGCCAGAUGUUACAGAGAAUUAUGUGCUGGAUGUGGAGGCUGGUGGGGACAUAGGUGAGGAUAAGAGCAACCAUAACCCUGGUGAGGAUGGGGUGAGGGCAAACGUAUACAAAACGGAAGAGAUGCAGUUGAGGGCAGCGUUGAUGGUGGAGGAAGGGAAGCUCCUUUCUUUGAAGAAGGAGGACGUCUCCUUCGUUCUGGAAUGAAAAGCCUCAUCCUGAGAGCAGAUACAGCAGUGACAGAGGAAUUGAGAGAACUGGAUGUGUUUUAACAAGUAACAGACUGGUAAGAGGUAUAGUCCAGGUAGCUGUGAGCGUCAGGAAGCUUAUAAGAGACAGUAGUAGGUAAGCUGUCUCCAGAGACAGAGACACACAAAUAGAGAAAGGCAAAGGAGGUGUCAGAAAUUGACCAGGUAAACUUGAGGACAGGAUGGAAGUUGCAGACAAAGUCAACAAAGUUGAUGAGCUCCACAUGGGUGCAGGAUUGCUGAAUAAUAAUCAGAAGGUAGAAUCAAGCUCAUUUUAAAAAAUUCUUUCCCAAAUCCACAGAAUAAAAUCUAGAGACUGAUUAAGGGAAAUCUUCUGGAUCUCUGAACCCUGACAAGAGUGAAUCUCCUAGAUUUAUUUUAACAUUACCUGAUUAAAAGAGCCUGUGACGCAAACAUUAAUUUUUUGUCUCCUCUCAUAUAUCCUUCACAUAGCAGGGUAUCCUUUGCUGCCUUUAGCGAUUACAUGCACAAAGCAUCUAGGCUGGCAGUGUUCUUCAGUCAGACCUACUGUAGAUGUGCAGUGCAAAAAUUGAUUUGGGAAAGACAAAACAAGAAUUGCAGAAAGACAUGUGCAAAGCAACAAGAAGCUAUUAAUCCACCCAUCAGCUGCUGCAGUUUCUGUCAAAGCUCCUCCUUUAUCAGUUAAUCCUGGAUUUCUGAGUCCUUCUCUGAAGGAUAAAGGUCACAACGGCUUUGUUGUUAUGGAGGAAAGGUGAUGCCAUCCCAACUUAAAUCUUACAUAGAUUGAUUAAGUGCUUUUUCUGCUUUCUAUCACAUUUGGCCUAGUUUAACAUAAAGUAGUACAGUGCAACUGCUUUACUCCAGAUUUUUUCCUCCUCCUUUUUCACACUGUCUCACAGGCCAGGAAUCUUAAGACUAUACAUUCAGUGAGAAUCAGAAUCGGGUUUAUUAUCAAUGGCAUGUGUCGUGAAAUUUGUUAACUUAGCAGCAGCAUUACAAUGCAAUACAUGAUAAUGUAGAAAGAAAAACAUAUGAAUAAGUAAAUCAAUUACAGUAAAUAUAUAUGUAUAUUGAAUAGAUUGCAAAAACAGAAAUAAUAUACAUUAAAGAAGUGAGGUAGUUAGUGUUCAUGGGUUCAAUGUCCAUUUAGGAAUUGGAUGGCAGAGGGGAAGAAGCUGUUCCUGAAUCACUGAGUGUGUGCCUUCAGGCUUCUGUACCUCCUACCUGAUGGUAACAAUGAGAAAUGGGCAUAUCCUGGGUCAUGGGGGUCCUUAAUAAUGGAUGUCGCCUUUCUGAGGCACAGCUCCUUGAAGAUAUCUUGGAUACUACGGAGGCACGUACCCAAAAUGAAAGUGACUAAUUUUACAGCUUUCUGUAGCUUCCUGAGCAUUUGCUCCCCCACCUCCCCCCCCAUACCAGACAGCGAGGCAGCCAGUCAGAAUGCUCUCUGUAGGACAUCUACAGAGGUUUUUGAGGGUUCUUGGUGACAAACCAAAUCUCUUCAAACUCCUAUUGAAAUAUAGCCGCUGUCUUGCCUUCUUUAUAGCUGCAUCAAUAUGUUGGGACCAGAUUAGAUCCUCAGAGAUCUUGACACUCAGGAACUUGAAGCUGAUCACUCUCUCCACUUCUGUGAGGGUUAGUUCGUGUUUCCUUGUUUUUACCCCUCCCAAAGUCCAUAAUCGGCACUUUCGACUUACUGAUAUUGAAUCCGGAGUAAAUGAGAAUUACUUGCCAUGAUCUAUGUCGAUAAUGUGUACUUGGUGAAAUCCUUUAGAUUUUGAUGUGUACAGAAGCAGUCUGCAGGGAAGUGGAAAAGUGGCUUUGGGAGAUUUAACUAUAAUACCCCAUACUAUCUCAGUACUAUUCUUAACAAGUGCUGCAUCUGAAUUUAAUAGGUACAAUGUGCCCCUCUUAACUUGAUGGAGCUGAAUAGAUUGAAUGUGUGAAUAUGACCUAUGGUCUUACUAGUCAAUACUAAUCUUGAUAGUGGUGAUAAUCAUUUCAGGGUUAUCAUAAGAACCAAGCUUAUUUAUCAAUAUUCUUCUGGAGGACAAAGCUGCCACAGAAGGAAAGGUGUACCCUUGUGAAACCUCCACUCCAGUGCAGUGUAUUGGCCUUCAUCAAUCGUGGAAUUGAAUUUAGGAGCCAAGAGGUAAUGUUGCAGCUAUAUAGGACCGUGGUCAGACCCCACUUGGAGUACUGUGCUCAGUUCUGGUCACCUCACUAUAGGAAGGAUGUGGAAGCCAUAGAAAGGGUGCAGAGGAGAUUUACAAGGAUGUUGCCUGUAUUGGGGAGCAUGUCUUAUGAGAAUAGGGUGAGUGAACUCGGCCUUUUCUCCUUGCAGCGACGGAGGAUGAGAGGUGACCUGAUAGAGGUGUACAAGAUGAUGAGAGGCAUUGAUCGUGUGGAUAGUCAGAGGCUUUUUCUCAAGGCUGAAAUGGUUGCCAUAAGAGGACACAGGUUUAAGGUGCUGGGGAGUAGGUACAGAGGAGAUGUCAGGGGUAAGUUUUUUACUCAGAGACUGAUGAGUGUGCGGAAUGGGCUGUCGGCAACGGUGGUGGAGGCGGAUAUGAUGGGGUCUUUUAAGAGACUUUUGGACAGGCUCAUGGAGCUCAGAAAAAUAGAGGGCUAUAGGUAAGCAUAUAUAAGGCAGGGACAUGUUUGGCACAACUUUGUCGGCCAAAGGACCUGUCUUGUGCUGUAUGUUUUUUAUGUUUCUAUGUUUUCUAUGUGUCAAAGUCCUCAUGACAUCAAGUGAAAUAUGACAAGGAACCUUGCUUCUGAUUAUCCGCAUCUUCUUGUACCAGAAUGGAGACAAACUUUGUAAAUUCAUUCAAAGAUUAAGAAAUCCCUGAGAUCACUGGAUGGAGCAAAGGGUGUGGGACCACAAAACAUCACAAAUAUUAUGCCUAAGACUUACACUCCAGAAUUGCUAACAUCCCUGGCCAAGCUGUUCCAGUGAAGAUACAUUACCACAUACUAGGUCAUACAGACAGACAUACUUUAUUGAUCCCGAGGGAAAUUGAGUUUUGUUACAGUCGCAUCAACCAAGAAUAGUGUAGAAAUAUAGCAAUAUAAAACCACAAAUAAUUAAAUAAUAAUAAGUUAAUCAUGCCAAGUAGAAAUAAGUCCAGGACCAGCCUAUUGGCUCAGGGUGUCUGACACUCCGAGAGAGGAGUUGUGCAGUUUGAUGGCCACAGGUAGGAAUGACUUCCUAUGACGCUCAGUGUUACAUCUCGGUGGAAUAAGUUUCUGGCUGAAUGUACUCCUGUGCCUAACCAGUACAUUAUGGAGUGGAUGGGAGACAUUGUCCAAGAUGGCAUGCAACUUGGACAGCAUCCUCUUUUCAGACACCACCAUCAGAGAGUCCAGUUCAACCUCCACAACAUCACUGGCCUUAUGAAUGAGUUUGUUGAUUCUGUUGGUGUCUGCUACCCUCAGCCUGCUGCCCCAGCACACAACAGCAAACAUGAUAGCACUGGCCACCACAGACUCAUAGAACAUCCUCAGCAUUGGGAAACAGUCAUCAGUCAUCCCGUAUCAGUCAUACGGGAAAUUGCCCAAGUCACUAAAGAAAGAAUAACUGCUGGCCAGACAGUCUACACUCAAUGAUCAUUCCUGGUGAAGAUGAGCUGUAAUUUGAAGAAAGACUGAGCAGGUAAAUGGUAAAAUUGGAGGCAAGUCCAUUUUAUUGGGCUGGGUGGUGUUAGAGCUUAUCAGAUGUUGCCUGUGAAUGUUUAAGCAUUUCUGGGUUGGAUUGGAUAUUUGUACCUAAGAAAGUUUUGAUUUGUUAAUGCGUCCGUAUGGUUCCACUGAUUGCAGGAUAAUGUUUAAAUGUCUAGCAUCCUGCAGAUUUCUGGCAUUGUGAUAUGUUCAUUUUUAAGACCAAGUUUGAAGUUUGAGAAAAAAAAGCUUGGUCCAUUAAAAUUGAAUGCUUCUGCCUACAGGCACACAGUCCUUUCAUUUCCACUGGCUUUAGUGUGGCUGAACUGUGUGAGAAAACAAGAUGUGCUGAGGAUUUGAGCUUAUUCCAUUGCAUUUCUGUGGCAUGAUUUCAAGGCUUUUUAUUCCUAUGGAUUAUUGUAAAUGAAGUAAUGAUUUAUUUUUCUUUUUUUCUGAAGCCACUGGCUUUCAGUGAGAUCAGAAGAUUAAGGUCAGUUGUGUUGUCUAUUGAUGUUACUGAACUUAGCAAAGACCUGUUCUCAAAGCACCCACUUCUCCUGUGAACAAAAGGGAGUGAUGGGUCUGAUGUGGCAUUCAUCAAGUGUGGUUCAGUCGGCUGCAGCAGAAGCCAUGUGCCCAAAUGGUUUGGCUGAUCUGGAGUUCUGCUGCGGCCCACACUUGAAACUACCAUUAAAUCUAUUUCCUUCCAGAUCAAAUGCUAACUUCAGGCCAGCUUCCCUUGUUAGAAUGCAGAACUCCAAGGUUCCAGGUAAAGAUCGUGGUGUAAUUUAUUUCUCAGAAGAUACUGCCUCUGACCUCCAUGGCCAGGACAGUCAGUGCUGUGGCAAGAUCACUAACCUCAGAAGAGCGAAUUCAACAUAGAUUUGUGGACUAAUGCUGACUGUGUGGUCAUGAUGGAACGAAAGAUGUAUUAAAACAGGGAAUGGCAGGAAAAUCUAUGUGAGAUUAAAGCACACUCACCUCAGGAUUUUGGAAGUGGGCAAGGAUAAAAACACACGGAUAUGGUUCAUUAGAAAGUGGAGCUUUGCCUCUCAUUGCCAGAUCUCGGAAUGUAAAGAUCACAGAUCCAUCUAAUAACCGUAAAACACUGCUGUAAAGAUUGCCUGCCUAAGUCAAUGUAAUAAUAAAUUUAAGCAACUAUUUGCCUGGUUUCUGGUGAAUGUAUGUGUGUAGCUAUAUAUGUGUAAUUACAUUGUAUGAAAGUACGUAUGUGAAAUACAGGGAGUGCGAGAGAGUAGCUGGCUCACUCAGUGACAGCAUGCAUACGUAUUACAGACGGCUGAUGUUUACCAGAUGUUUCCGAGAGUCAAGGCAAGUUUAAAGUGAGCCCCUGCAGUUGGACACUUAAGCAGUCUCUGAGAGACCCCCAGACUCUCCAGAUCUACACUCUGUUCUCAUAUAUCGCCACCAAGGAGCUGCUUUAUUUCAACCUCUGUUACUAAUUGAACCCUUGGGAAAAUGCAGGGGAGAACUCUGAUCUUGCUGAUAUUUUCCACCAAUGUUUGUGUAACUGCACUUUCUAAACGGAAUAAAGUUCUCUUCCCAUCUGCACAGAGGUUAAAAAGAAAUCUAGAUUCCGACAUUCCUAUUAAUCCUGUGUUCCAGAGGUCACAGAAGGACGUGGAGCUGCUGUAUGAGUUUCUCCUGGGUGGGUGGAAUAUCGAUGACAACUUGAAGUGUUCCCUCAAGGAUGAGGAGUUUGCGUCAAUGAGAGCAGGGAAAAAGUUUAAUGUUAUCAUUAAUAACAUCAUCCCCAAGAACAUCACUGACAUUCGAAGACUUAUUUACAGACUCUCCAAAUAUAAUGGGCAGCUCAAGCCUAUGGACUUUGAAAGGAUACUGUUCACCUUGUUGUUCACAACUUAUCAAACAUCUAAAUACCAAGGGCAUCAACAGGACACCUGGGCAGAGGCACUAGUGAACAUCUUUCAGGCUUUAAGACAUGAUUUAAUGCUUUAAUAACUUGGAUACUGAAGAAAAUGGAUGUGAAAAUAGGCCCAUUCAAACUCUAACUGUUGAAUACUUAAUUAUCUUAUAAUUUGGUGCUUUUCAGUGAUUCUCUUAUAAUUCGGUGAUUUUUGGUGGUUUCUCCAGUUUUCUGAACAGACAAUAAUCUUUCCAUAGAUCAUUGCAAUACUUGAAUUGUAAAACAGUCAGUUUCACAAAAGGUAGUGUAGAUUUUAGCUCCCUUCAACUUCCUUACCAUCUGAUUUGGAAAUACAUUCGAAUCCUUCAUCUUCACUGGUUCUAAAUCCUGGACAUCCUAUGCAAGAACUUUAUGGGGGUGCCUUCACUAGAAAGAUGGCAGUGGUUCUAAAAGGCAGCUAACAUCUUUUCAAAGGAAAAAUGUAAUGGGUAUGUCCAAAAAUAAAUAAAUAAUAACAAAAGUCAUUAUCUAUUCAAACCAAAAUAUGAAUCUUAAUGGAGAUUAAAACAAAACUAUUUCUGGAUAAAACAGAUAACAAACUUUCAUUGAAGCAGUUGCCUUGUUACUCUUUCUCUUUAUUGAAGUAGCAACUCAGAGCCUGAAAAUAAUUCAUUAAAGAUAAAUGAGCCUAAGCUUCAUUUAUUUUAAUAUAUUAUAGGAAACUAUGUAGAGUGCAAUAUUGAUUCUUUAUUCUGAUUUGUAUAUCAAUUAAAUAAUUCACUUUAAUUACUGGAUCUAGUCCUGGGCAAUUCAGUACAGUUCCAUAUAAUACUCCCCCUUCUGAAUGUUGUGUUCAAAUCCAAGGCAGUUUAAUAAAACAAGGUCUCCUUCUGGGCAGGCUAUGGGAGUACUAAGGAGGAGUAUGUGAGAUCCCUUUAUAAGGGAAUCAAUAAUCAGCUACAAAUUACAGUUAUUACUGAUCAAUAUCUCCUCCGAGGGUAGAAUUUAGUGGUGGGACCUUUAUUCUGCAAUUGGCUGUGUUAUAUCUAAACUGAUACAGAAUGCCUGUAAGCAUUUAAAUUUCCAAGAAGAUAUAAAAAUCUUGUAAAGCAAGCUGAUGAUGAAGUGAGAUUAGUCAGUUUUUCUUCAAUGAAACAGGCAUUCUAAUUUCUGUAUAUGGUCUGCAUUUAACAAUUACUUGCACCCAGUUAACCAGAAAAAAAGGCAUAACUUCAUUGCAGAUUUAAGAGUAUAAAUUGCUUAAUUAAUUAAAAUGCAACAUAAAGAUAUGAUAGAAGUGGUUGUGUUCGGGUAAGCGCUUUGAAUUUGUUUCCUCGAUGGGUGGGGGUAAUUUUCUGGGCAUUAGAGUCAAUGUGCAGAAAAUGUAACAUCACGCUAUGUGGGUGGUUAUUCUUAUUUGCUGAGGUGUGUUUAAAAUAGUAAUAACCAUUUUCUGUUGGAAACGAAAAUACUCAUUAAGACCAUUAUUAGUCGGAUGAAUCUAAGUAAGCAUACCCCUUGUGGAUACAAAUUUUCACAGACAUAGCACACCUGAGGAAACUUAGAAAAGGAUAAUAAUAUGGAAUUUUCUUCCAUUAUGAUGGGUCUACUCUUUUGGGAGUUGGAGCAGGUAAAAUGGGAUAUUAAGGAGCAUCAAUUAAAAGGGAUCUCUAGAUACAGUUAAUGUCAUUACCUAAGCCCGGCUGAAAACUGAAUCAUUCAAACAGACCCAUUUUAACAGCAUUACACAUAACAGAAAUAACAUGUAUGUAAAUGCAGAGUGAAAUAAAUUACCUGCCACAUGAAAAGUUGUCAGUACAUUGCUUUGCAUAACAUCUGUCAGCAUUAUAGGCAAGUCCCUUUCUUGUUCACUGUCGUUAAAAAUAAGGGGAAGAAAGAUAAAAAUGCUGUUUUAAAAGAUAUAGUUGAAGAAACUAUAUAUGUUCCUAGUACGCUUUCUUCAUCUAUAAAAAAAAAUUCAGAGUUCACCUUCUGUACUCUGUUAUCAUUGAAAAAUCAUUUGUGGAAUAGGAGAGCAACUUGGCAUCCCAUUGAAGUUCUUAAUUUUAUGUUAAGAAUCGGAAAUUAAUGGAAAUCCUUUAAUUAUUAAUUAUUCCAAAUGCCUUAAUAGUCAAAGUACAGAUCUAACUGCUAUAGAGCAAAUUAUUCUAACAUGUUGAAAAGUUUUUCUUAUAUUAGACUGCAGAUCUGAGUUCUACUUUUCUAUCUGGGAAGUUCCCCAUUCACUGGUGUUAGGAUCUGUUAUUGGCCACAGGUGAUACAUUCAUAUGUUUGUGAAUGAUGUAAAUUCGUAGGUCAAAGAAACCUUGAGGUUGUCUAUAAAUUUGCUUCAAGAAUGUUCUCUCACACAACUAUCUUUCUUUGGAAGCUAUAGUAUUUGGCUUUUUGACUUCAUUGAAUAUACUUUACAUUUCUAGUUUGGGGAAGUUGCCAUUUUGUAGUCUAGUGACCUCCCUCAGAUCUCUGCCAUGGCCUAUUGCUUAAGCUGGGGUGUUAACAUGUUCAAACUUUUUAGAUAUUAGAAGUUAACUUUUACAUUCUCAGCAAUGUCAUCUUCUAAAUGUUGCCUCUGCUAAGGCUCAUUUUCACAUUUGUUAAGGUCAUUGUCACAUGUACUGAUGUUCAGUGAAAAGUUUUGUUUGCAUGCCAUCUAGAUAGAUCAUUCCAUACAUAAGUACAUCAGACUGGUACAAAAGGAAAACAAUCACAUAAUGCAGAAUAGUGUUUACUAACACAUGAAACUAUAAUGAUCCUAUCUUUGCAUGGAUUUAGUGGGGGAGAGCUCCUUACAAAAAUAGUGAGCAGUGGAUACAUGAUAUUAAAAUAACUACAUAAAGGAUUAUAAUAACAGCUUAUGUAUUUAUGGCUUCUUUCUUUAUUAAGAGAUGAAAUGUUAAGUUACUUUAAAAUUCUGUUUAAUAGACGUC